GAAAGUGUUUGUGGUGGUUGAUGAAGUUGAGGAGGUUAAUGGGGGUGGUGAAAUUAGAAACCAGCUUGUUGGUAAUUUAUGCAGUUAUAAAGGGAGCAACGAUCCGAUAGGUACUUUCAAUACUCCUAGUGUACCUCAGUUUCACAGUGUUGCUGAAAAUGUUAAUGUUAGUUGUUCACCUAUUCACUAUGUGGAUCCCGAGAAUUACAAGUCUGUUGGUGAUGAUGAUGUUGGUACAUAUCUUAAUCAUGUGGGUGGUCGUUGUGAUGAUGUUGCCGAACAAGAAGUUAAACUUAUGAAUAGGCGUGUGGUAGAUAAAACUAAAAAGAAAAAAAAAUCAAGUCAAAAAAAUGAAAAAAAUCAUGUUUACGGGCAUUAUGUUGAUGUUGGUGAUGUAUGUUUAGAUAUAACCGAGCUACAAAGCAAUUCCGAUAGAGAUAAGUUGGGUGAUGAAGUUAAAGCUAAGUUUCUCGAUAACCUUUUUCACGGUAUGCCCCCUGUACCAGCAUGGCCAGUUGAUAUUAAUGAAGAUAUCCCAACACAGAUGGUAGACAUGAAUCUUCAAAAGAUUCAAUGUGAGAGUAUAUUUAAGAACAAAGAACUUUUAAAGCGGUGUAUUGGUAAAAAAUGUCUUCGAGAAGGUUUCCAGACGAGGACAAGUAGAUCCACCAAAUCAAGGCAUGGCGUGCGAAGCAAUAUGCAUUGUUGUCGUUAAGGGGUACGAAAGAGGAUUCUUUUACCAAACUUCCGGCGUAUUGUCACAACUUGGCCAAACAUAAUCCGGGUACUGUCACACAUAUUAAAACAGAUGCUGAUGAUCGCUUUGAGUUUUUGUACGUCGCACUCGGUUGCUCGGUACGAGCUUUUGUCAAUUUUUGUAAGCCGACCCUAGUAGUAGAUGGAGCUCACCUAAAGGGCGAGUUCAAAGGUACCAUGCUACUUGCAGUUACUAAGGACGGACAAAACCAAAUAUUACCGGUUGCAUAUGGUAUAUGCAAAAAUGAGUGUACCGAUUCUUGGACAUGGUUUUUUCAAAAACUACAUGAUUGCAUAGGAAAUAUGCAGGAGCUUACAAUUAUAUCUGAUAGGUCUCCAUCUAUAGCA